UCGCGGACGGAGCAGCAGUCCAGUCGGUCCGUUGGCGUGGAGCAGCAAGCAAGCUCCCGUCGCUCGGAGUCGGGCUGGAGCCGCUGGCGGCGUGCACGCGCGGUUGGACCGUGAGGUGCUGCUUGCGGGUGCUACGAAGUUGGUCCCCCACCGAUCUUGGACAUGAAGGCCUCAAUGGCAGAAACCUCUGUCGAUCGAUGUGAAGGUGCCAGACAAGAGGACAGUCUGCCUUCAUACAACACCUUUGCCUACAGAUGGCUUCAAAGUUGCGCUCAUGAUGAGACUUUGUGAGGGUCACUACGAUAAAAGCAGGGCCAGUAAGCAACAGAUGCUUUCAGCUUUCAAGACAACUUACGCUGUGUCCCAUCUUGUUAACAAUGGCAACAUGGAUCAGGUGAACAAGACUCUACAGCAGUUGCUUUCCAGUGACCGCCUUGUGGGAAUUAUGAAAAUCUUAUCCGACCGCAUAUCUACAGAGGAUAUUCUCUACAGUGCGGACAACAUGGACACAGAUCUCGAUUCUGACGCCAGUGGAUUUUGUAUAAGGGCAUCGAAUGGAGAUGCAGUCGCAGUUGCCAGCACUCUCAACUCAGUGUUUGGCUCAGGCGUAAUGUCUCGAUACACUGGUAUACUUUUAAAUAAUCAGAUGGAUAAAUUUGUUCUGGCUGACAAUGUGACGCAUGAGAACGGCAGCAACACCAUCAAGCUGAAGCAAGAGGUGGUUUCUGUUGCGCCAACGAUUAUCCUGUCUUCACACGGAGAUCUUGAGCUGGUGUUGUCAGGGGGUGGUGGCAGAUAUACCAGCGCAGACACAGCUUAUGUUGCAAUUAACAGACUGAUUUUAAGACGACAUCUGCGGUCAUCUAUCGCGCAAACACGUCACCAUGUUCUUCCUUUUACUGAUAUUGUUGCACAUGAGAGAAGAUCUCCUAAGGAUGAAACUGGAGCACUUAAGAAGCAUGAUGCAAAUGUUUCUGAAGCAUAUUCCUUUAGAACGGGUGUUAUUGGGGUAGCAAAUACCACUUCCAAUCAAUAUGUUGUCAGCCUUGAUCGUCGAAGAAGCACAGAGUUUGAUGUUAUAUAA